AUGCCGCAGCACACCCAGGCGCGUUCUUGGGGUACUCGUUUUGACACAUUACUCUCUGCUGCUCCUCUCUCCCCAACAGAAGAUCCUAAUAUCACUACCCAAGACAUCCCUUUGAGCGUUAACGAGGCAUGUGACGACUCUAAGAAGUCAGACAGGAUCGUUCAAGACGCUAGCAUUUUCAUCGGAAGUCUACCAACUAAUAUCGAUCAUUUGGAGUUAACUCGUAUGCUCUCUGAUCACCUUUCUGAUUAUCCAGAGGUACAGACCAUCAAGGUCGUUCGUGACUCAAAGGGUGGAACUUGCGCAUUCAUCCAGUGUCAGGACGCCGAGACAGCGGCCAUGCUAAUCGCAAAUUUGCAUUCGUCGGACCCUAAACAAUUCAUGGGGCGUUACUUACGCUAUGAGCCCGCACGAGCCUUGAGAACGCUACUCAUAUCCUACCGUACACCCCGACAGUUUGCCCCUUCGUCAGACAUCAAAUCAAGCUUUGGCGACCUUCAGGAUGGUAAGCCUGUCGACCUUAACUUGCCUUGGGCGAUGAAAAUCUCUAGGGUCUCGGGCUCCCGGCACCUAUCACUCCUCUACAAUUCGGAUGCGCGUACCGCAGCGGAGAAUGAAGGCCUUCUGCCCCUCGGUGAUCGAGAGGCAGAUGAAUAUGGAGCGUAUUUUAACCCGCUGCUUUAUACCGCCGAAACUCUAAGGAAGAUAUCCACCAUCUUCGGGGCCAUUGAACAUUUUGUCCCUCACGAAUUCGAGUCAGGUGUUCAGCAAGAGUAUCCUCCUCCGCACGAUGCUCAGCGCUCUGCAGAAAUGGAGACAGGGUGCUGGGAGAUUAAAUGGUGCCACCGUGAUGACUGCGUUGCCGCUCUGAUAACUCUGCGCAGAGUCCCUCACCUGACCGUGACUUGGGCUCACCAUCCAGCUCAUCCACGCCAGCCGAUGCCUUACCAUAGCGCACAGGCUGUCCAAACUAGUCAACAACAUUGGCAAGCUCAAGCAGCUAGCUCCACACAUAUGGCCCCAUCCCAUUUCCCAUUUCCAAACCGAUUUUCAUCCAUAGAUUCGCUCGUUCUCUAUCAUCAUCCUGGCACACAACCGAUCUCAUCGUCAGCUAGCCUUGGCAACAUCUCGCGUAAUUCGAACCGAGCAUCUACCGCAUUGUGCGACAUGACCUGGUCCUCGCAGAAUGGCACAUCGGAUAGGACAGGCACGGCACCAAAACGUCCUCGAGCUCUAUCAUUGAGCCACAAGCCAUUAGGUGUGGACAAGAAGCACUUCCCGCCUAUCUCUGAGACAGUCCGUGAACGGGAAACGAGAAAGUAUUGGAGCGACCGAAUGGAGGCUGCUGACGAAAAUCAGAGGCUAGUUUUUGUUUCCCUUUGCAGCGAAUUUCAACUUAGCACAACUCACUCUAGCAUUCUGACGCAUCUACCAUCUAUGUCGGGUAUUUCAAACAUUACAAGCUCUACAGCGCAUUUCAAUACAACACCGGUUCAGCACGAGGAAUCCUAUGACAUUGAACUCGGCAUCCCUCCGACUCCCGAGUUUGGAACUUCGCCUAUGACUCCGAAAACGCCGGGGUCGUUGAUCCCUCGUACUCCUACCACUGGAAGCUACCUAGGCGACUUUCAGUCCGGAUCUCUACCCGAGUUCGCCACGAAGAAUGACCUGCAAUGGGAUGCAAAGCGCGAAGGUCCAUUGGAUCCUACUACCAUCUUCGUCGGAGGAUUGGAGAUGUAUGGCCCGAACGCCUGGGAUGAAGAACGCGUCCGUAAUUUGUUCUCAAGGUAUGGCGGCGUAGAGAAUGUCAAAGUUAUCCGGCCAGUCAACAAGCGCUCUGCGUUUGCUUUUGUCACAUUCAAUAACAAGGAAUCUCCCGCUCGAGCUGUCAGUGAAGAGCAUAACAGGAUUCUUGACGGACGCCCAAUCCGCGUCCAACUCCGUGACUGGAACCCUCCGCAUCGCACGAACUGGAGAUCCAAUCGUAACCGCGGGCGAAACUUUGAGGGGAGCGUGGUCCGUCAUGGUUCAGAACCGUCCCUUGUCUCCAGCGACGAUUUUUGCGUGGAUCCUAAUGUUCAGCAGCCAUCUGCGAUCGCCCUGGAGGAGAGGCUACAAGAAUUGAACAUCGACCAUAAGACAGCCAUCAAUGCCUCAAUGCCUGAUGUCGAGCAGUCAGAUGAAAAGCUUGACGUUGACUCUGAACUUCAACAGUCUUCCUCUCUAGUUGCGGAUGACGUACAGACCAUCAAUUUAGACGGCAUUGUCCCGUUUCAGGCCGUUUCCAUUACUCCUUCCGCCUCACAAACAUCGAUGACAUCUGCCCCUCCCCAACAUAUGGCUUAUCCCAUACCCACAAUGGGGUACUAUCAUCCUCAAGGAUGGGUAGCUGGUUUCCCGCCAUAUCACAUGCAGUACAUGGGGGCGUACCCUGGAUUUCCUCUUCCGCCACCGAUGACCCAAUCGUUUCCGCCGGCUAGUGGCGCGGAUGCUCGUGGAACACCUUCAGCAACACCUGCUCCGAUUGUUCACCCAGGAAUGUAUGCUCCAUUCAUUCCAUAUCCGUAUCCUGCGAGAACACCCGUGCGAGAACAAGGCCAGGGACAGACCCCUGUCGCAACACAAGCGCCACUGAUACCUACGGGGUUCAUUCACGGAGAUCAGGGUAUUCUUGUUCCUGUUUACCCUCCAGACGCUCUGAAUCAGUACAUGUCCGGCGCUCAAGGCGAACAGGCUUCGACCUCCACAGAGACUGCUCUUGCUUCGCUCCCAGUUCAACCUCCUAAUAAUUGGAAGCCAUAUCCUCCACCUGCGUUCGCACCUGGCAUGUCAGUACCGCCAGGGAUUCAGCACCCAAACUCAGGACCUUUUCCGAUAAUGACUCCACACGGCUGGAUGCCGAAUCAUGCCUCAUUCGGCAUCAACCAGCAUAUGCAAGCCCCAUCAAACUUUCCUCCAGGUUCUGGUGCACACAUGCAGCCGGUGUUUGAGCAGCGCAAUAUCAACAUACCUCCUCGUCGCCAACAUCGUAGAGACCAUCAGUCCAAUUUCAAGAACGGAGGUCGUGGUCACCCUGGGCGUUACCCUCGCGGAUCAUUUGCAUCAAAUGCACCAAAUAUGAACGUACGUCCCACUCCGGGACCUGACCACUUCACUAGCUCCCAACGAGACGUGCAGAGUGGUCCUGAAUGGAACCAUUGGGGUACCCAGUGAUUGCACUGACAUGUCUCGAGUUAGGCACGGUUUGAUUUAUUUGUCUCUCUACACGUACAUUUUCGUUUUAUCUUCCUGUCUUCAAGCCAAUUAUUCUAUUCGUUUUUCGCUUCCCUUAUCCACAAUUUUUUUUUCAAGCUAAAUAACAAAACAACACUCAUUCAUCCA